CAGUGCGCGUCCCCGGAUUCCCUCACUUCCGAGUGCGCGCAUGCUGCGGUCCUAUGUGACGUCACUGCCGGGACUGCGCACGCACCGCCCCCUCUGCGUCUGACUGACGAGACGUGACCGAGCCGAACCGAGCGGCACCGGGGAGAGUGACAUAAGAUGGCGGACCAACGGCAGCGCUCCCUCUCUACCUCUGGAGAAUCCUUGUAUCAUGUUCUAGGACUGGACAAGAAUGCCACAUCUGAUGACAUCAAAAGAUGUUACCGGAAACUAGCACUGAAAUACCAUCCAGAUAAAAACCCAGAUAAUCCAGAAGCCUCAGAGAAAUUUAAGGAGAUCAACAAUGCACAUGGUAUACUAACAGACUCCACGAAGAGGAAUAUAUACGACAAGUACGGGUCACUUGGCCUCUAUGUGGCCGAACAGUUUGGGGAAGAGAAUGUCAACACGUACUUUGUGCUGUCGAGCUGGUGGGCGAAGGCUCUCUUCAUGUUCUGUGGUCUGAUCACUGGAUGUUACUGCUGCUGCUGUCUCUGCUGUUGCUGUAAUUGCUGUUGUGGAAAGUGUAAACCACGGCCCCCUGAAGGGGAGGAGACAGACUUUUAUGUGUCACCCGAGGACCUAGAGGCACAAAUGCAGUCUGACGAAAGAGAUACUGCUGACAUCCCAGUGGUGGUACAACCCAGCUCAGCCACGGAGACCACACAGCUUACCAGCGACUCCCAUGCCAGCUACCGCACCGACAGCGGAUUCAACUGAGCGCGUUCAGGAUCCUUAGGUCACUAGGAUUAGAGAGGAGGGGGAGAACUGAUCUCAUCCUACAGCCCUCUGUGUAAUCAUACCCCCAGCCCCUCAUCUGACCAGCUAUUAUCUUGUCCCCUUGGUGCGGUGAUUGAACAUCCGGGGAGUAAAGCGCAUGCUCACCACUCACCUUUCCACCUCCCCAUCCUCCACCUUCCUUUUCAUGAUCAAAUCUUUUUAAUUUAUUUUUACUUUUUGUUUAUGUCUAGUUUUUAAUGGGUAUAUUUUUGUAUGGGGACCAGUUACUUCCGCACCCCCUUUCUUCUUAACCCAUUGUUACCCUCCAUCUCUGAUCGUGUGCCGAAUCCAACCCGCCCCCUUCUGUCAUGUACUCGGUAUGCGUUAGUGUGACAGUGGCAGGAAGUAAUCUUUUAUUACAGAUAACUUUCUGUGUUCCUUUUCCUGUCCCCCCCCCCCCCCCCCAAGAUGAGUUUUAACUCUGUUUGCAUCUUAUUGUAGUGUGAAUGUGUGCUACAGGUGUGUGAGUGAUAGGGAUGCCCAAUCAGCAUCUCCCUCCUGGCAUAGAAGGUGUUUUACAGAAAAGGAUGUUUCUGCUGCUGUCAUGAUGUACGGUAAUUUCUUCAGUGGAAUUGGCUUGACUAUAUACACUUAUUCAAGAGAGAGGGGAAAAAAAGAACAUUAUUUUCUAAAUGUUUUUUUUAAUGCUUUUUACAAACCUUGCUGGACAUUUCAGUAAAAUUGCACUUUGAGAAUUAUUACAUUUUGAGGUGCAAUAGACCAGUCUGACCUGUAGGUGGAACUGCUUAGUUUUUGACUCCAUUACAGCCCAUUGUUCCCAUAGCUGGGGCUCUCCAGCUGUUGCAAAAGUACAACUUCCAUAUUUCCAUGACAGCUGGAGAGUCACAGGUUAGAGAACAGCGGUCUAGUCAUACUGAAGCCCCCAGCGAGUGCAUUAUAGAACAUUCUUCCCAUGCUUUUACAUGUCUUAUGUAAGUGAUCCUAUCCCCAUUAUUAGGAGUUCUCUUCUUUUAAUAUAAAGUUAAUAGGGGACAGUGAUUUCCGUUAACAUCAGAAAGGGAGGUGGGAGUGGGGUAAGUCUAUGACAUGGGGGUGCUUGGUGUCCUUGCAGCCUUCUCCCACUAAACUGUGCAGUGACUUCAUACUCAACCCCCUGCAUUUUGCUGGUGUUAGGAUGCCAGCGCCAUAUUUAUUUGUAUAUAAUGUCAGUAGUACUUUGCAGCGCUGUAUUUAUCUGUAUAUAGUGUCACAGUGCUGUAUGGUGUGCGUGUGUCUGGUGCUGGGAGAGUACUUGUCACUAAGCCAAAGAGAUGUAAGGUGCCCCCCCCCAACGGUUUGUCAUGGGUCCUAGCGCUUGCGCGCAGUGACAAUCUCACAACAGCGGCGCUGCACAAUGGAGCCUCCUCCAUCACCCUUAUCACCACUCGGACUGUCUCUGUUUUGGGAACAAUAUAAACUUCCUUUAUGUUUUCUGGUACCACCAUGGACUAGUUUGAGAACUGGAGAGCUCUCCUUGCACUCAUGGCCGUAAUGCAGAUAGAUCUAUGUGCAUCCGACCAUAUCUCUGAUGCAGCGUAUCCUAUAGUACUCAUGCCUUUUUGUAGGCACUUCUAUGUGUAUACCAGCCAGGAUGAGUGCAGCACAAGCCACUUGUACCAUGGGUCUGGAGAAGGUGCCAGUCUAAGCCUUAGUGCUGUAGAUAUGUUUGUGACGAUAUGUGAUAAUUUUCUUGUGUCUUUACUUGCAGAGUGUAAACAAAGCCAAUGUAAUGUAUGACUGGGCAACUUCAGACUGUCGGGACAGGCUAAUUUGUCUGGCACAGUAGUCGUUUGCAUAGAGAAGGGGUGCUUCUGUGAUACAGAGUAGUGACUGCAGUUAUAUCUACUCACCACUAGAUGCCGCUGCUGUCUGCAAAAUCUCUUGUCCUGGCACAUCUAUCUGGGAUACAUGUAAAUUAUGAACAGAUUACUAUAUUUUCC